CAUAACGAUGAGGUUGGCAUUGAGUUGCGCUCCAAGGCCAGCAAUGUAUCAACUGAUGCGCGAACAAAUUACACAUGCGAAUUUGUUUGGAAUUCAACCUCAUUCGACCGGAUGCAGCGUGCGUUACGUUUGUUAGGCCAAGAUGAGCAGUGCGUCUCGCAGUUCAUCUAUCACAAGUUGAUGGGACAUGAUGUUGAUGAUAUCGUUUUCAAAGUUCCGCUGCCGAAACGAUUUAGCGCACCCGGCUUGCCGGAGCUCAAUCACAGCCAAGUGCUUGCAGUCAAAACCGUCCUACAGCGACCACUCUCGCUUAUUCAGGGACCACCCGGAACCGGUAAAACUGUCACCUCUGCUACAAUUGUAUAUCAUCUUGUGAAGCAGACAAAUGGUCAGGUGCUCGUCUGCGCGCCCUCCAACGUUGCUGUUGACCAUUUGGCGGAGAAGAUACACCGCACUGGAUUGAAGGUACAUUUUUCGCAAUCUAAUCUGAAUAUAAUAAUAAAAGGACCGAAGCGUGUUACAUUUGGGAAAUAA